AUGAUGCGACUAAAGUUGGCCCGAGAGGCAACAAUCGAACAAAAUAUAAAAUUGACAUCAAUGUCACCACUGUACACCAGCAUCCACAACUUUCCGAUCACAAAAGGUCCAAUCAACGAAAUGUCUCCUCAUGCGCCCAUAUCACAAGGAAAUCCAAAUUCCAAUCAUGUCGGUCAGGCACCCUCCUCCGCAACUGCCGCCGUUCUCGUCCCGUCCGCGCCAGUACCAGACGACGUACGAAAGGUUCGCGGAGUCAAUUUCAACGAUUUUGUCGACCGUGACAUAACUGUUUCCGAGCUUGUGUCGAACAUGUCCACCAUGGGAUUUCAGGCUAGUGCUAUCGGAGAGGCGGUGCGCAUUAUCAAUGAUAUGAGAUCAUUUUGCGAUUCUGAGACCGGCGAACGCACGACGAUCUUCCUGGGAUAUACGAGUAAUCUGAUAUCGUCGGGUUUGAGGGAGACACUGCGAUUUUUAGUUCAGCACAAACACGUCUCGGUGAUUGUGACUACGGCGGGCGGUGUCGAAGAAGACUUGAUUAAAUGUCUUGCGCCGACAUACCUCGGUGCUUUCAGUACACCCGGCGCAGGACUCAGAGCACAAGGACUAAACCGGAUUGGAAAUCUGAUAGUUCCAAAUAGCAACUAUUGUGCUUUUGAAGAUUGGCUGAUUCCUAUUCUCGAUAAGAUGGUGGAGGAGCAGGAAGACUCAAAGGUCAAGGCCGCCAAGUCAGGAGAUCCGGAUGAUGAGUUACAUUGGACACCUUCCAAAAUCAUAAACAGGCUUGGAAAGGAGAUAAAUAACGAGGAAUCAGUCUGUUAUUGGGCAUGGAAAAAUGACAUUCCUAUCUUUUGUCCCGCUCUGACAGACGGUUCAUUGGGCGAUAUGCUCUACUUUCAUACGUUCAAAACCUCACCACAACGUCUGAGAGUAGACAUUGUCGAUGAUGUCAGACGGAUUAAUACAAUGUCGGUACGUGCCAAGAGGGCCGGAAUGAUUAUCCUCGGUGGUGGUGUGGUCAAGCAUCACAUUGCCAAUGCAUGUUUGAUGAGGAAUGGAGCAGAAAGUGCGGUGUACAUCAAUACUGCUCAAGAGUUUGACGGUAGUGAUGCGGGAGCACGACCCGACGAAGCCGUUAGCUGGGGCAAAAUAAAGGCUGGUGCAGAUAGUGUUAAGGUGUAUGCGGAAGCUACAGUGGCCUUCCCGUUGAUCGUUGCUAGUACCUUUGCAAGAGCAAGUCGGGAUGGUGUUGCUGAUGCUGAAUUGAAGCAAGGACGAUCACAGAAUUGAUAUCAAUUGACUUUCGAUCCGGUCGAAUUGACUUAAGACUUCGAAAGGUUCUCCA